CUAGAUGAGGAAGAAAGUGAUGAGGAAGGAGUGCGCUGAAAUCUGACGAGUCGAGCUCACUGCAAACAACUCUUUCCAUUACGAAGAAAACACUGCUGCGAAGUUGGAUUAUUUCAACCUUUCUCACUUUGAGAAUGUAUAAUGUUUCUGUGAAGAUGCAUUGAAGGCAAAGGAAAGAUGGAAGCAGAGGAGACUGGUGAAACAAGGACUUCCUGGUUGUCAGUGCUACCAGAGACGCACUCCAUCCCCUGUGACCAUGCUGGGAAGAAGAGAAAACAAGACCCGACCCCUGAACCUGCGAUCAGAAUCAGCGAGGAUGAAGAGGACGACGAUGAGGGGGAGAUGAUGUGCGACCACAUGGGGGAUUUAGAGGAGCCCAGCACCAAAAGGGUCAAACCUGUGGUAAAGUCCAACAGCCUGACGGGUGUCAUAACCCCGGUGAAGACCCCUGCUCUGAAACGCUUCGGACAGUCCAUCUCGAGGUCUAUUAGUUUCCGCACGGAGGCUCGACCUUUGCCCCCGACUCCCCUGCGCUCUCGCACGAAGGCCUCGUCGUAUCCACGCCGGCGCAACAGCCAGUGCUGGAGUGACACCGUGGAGAGUCAUGACCUCACUGCAAAGGAGAUCAAACGGCAAGAGGUGAUCUAUGAGCUGACUCAGGGUGAGAGACAACUCAUCGAGGACCUCAGUCUGGUCAAGAAGGUGUACUAUGAGCCCAUGCUGACGUUGGACAUCAUGACAGAGAGUGAGCUCGGACAGAUCUUUGGGACACUGGACUCUCUCAUUCCCAUCCAUCAAGAUCUUCUGAGUCGUCUCGAGCGGCUGAGGGGAUCAGAGAAGACGAUCGGAGAGGUGGGACCUACUUUGAUGAACUGGUUCCCCUACCUGGAGGCCUACGUUACGUACUGCUGUAACCAAGUGGGAGCCAAAGCCCUGCUGGACCAGAAGAAGCACGAGAAGAGAGUCGAGCACUUCCUGCGCCUGUGUCAGGAGUCCUCGUUCAGCAGGAAACUGGACCUGUGGAACUUCCUGGAUCUCCCUCGAAGCCGUUUGGUCAAAUACCCGCUGCUGUUGAAAGAGAUACAGAAGUGCACGCCUUCAGAGCACCCGGACGAGGACACACUGCCUGAUGCUUUGGAGCUGGUCCAGAGCAUCGUGGCGGAGGUGAACAAGAAGACAGGAGAGGCGGAGUGUCAGUUCUACAGGCGGGGUCUCACAUACCUGGAAGACGCUCAGAGACUACCAGAGAUCCAGCAGUCCCGCUUCCUGUACUGCCACGGAGAGCUCAAGAACAACAAAGGCCAGCGGCUGCAUGUGUUCCUGUUCGAGCUGGCUCUGGUGCUGAGCCGGCCGGGGGAGGACAAAGAGGGAGGUCAGGUGUUCCAAGUGUACAGACAGCCUCUUUCCAACGCUUCCAUAAACCUGGAGGAGAUCCCAGAUGGGGAGGCUGGUGGAGGGGGCACCUUCAGGGGAGCCUUCACCGGAGGAAAUGAUAAAGUGAAGAACUGUUUCCGUGUGAGCAGCAGAGGGCGCUCCAAAGUUCACCCUUACAGCCUGCAGGCCAACGACUCCUUCAGCAAGCAGCAGUGGAUCACCUGUCUGCGCCAGGCCAUCGUCCGGUCCCGGGAUAGGACCGCUCAGGCCAGCCAGUCGCAGCUCUCCCUUCACCCCGAUCCCGCCCUGUAUCACAUAGCCGAUCUCAGCCUCAGUUCGGACACAGAGAUGGCAGACCAUACCGGUCGCUGACUGAUGAUCAGGAGGCCCGGAGAGUGUCUAUAGAUCUGUACAUUGACAUUGGUGGAGAAUAAAAUAUGGACUGAUUGUGCUUAGACACACAUAUAGAAUUUCCUACAUGGAUUUUUGUCUUAUGCCUGCAUUUCGUGAUGGAUUGUAUGAUUGUAGUGAUGUUUACUGUACAGCUUGAUAACAGUAUUACUGAAUGUGAAUUUACAGUGUAAUAUGUUUUCUUUUCUUUUUUUUUUUUUAAAUAAACUGACACUUAAAAAGUU